GUCAAACCCAGCGCUGCGGUAGCUAAAAUUUAGCAUACUGCUUUACUAUUCGUUUUCUUGUUGAUGUUUAUCAUUUUUAACAUAAUUAAUUUAGUAUUUAGAAGUUAUUGAGUCGCGUUUAUGCGUUUAAGAGUUAACUGAAUAGCUUACGUUAACUUUUCAUUGUAUUUUUAGACACAGAGAGAGAGAGACAAGACACAACAAUGGUCUGUGUACACUAGCAAAGCAUCUCUGCACCACUUCCGUAAUGGCCUCCCCGGAGGAGGAAGAGUCAGAGGCGAUUGGUGACCGGUUGGGUUUUGUAUUUGGGAGCAGUGCUGGCAAAACGCAGAGUCUCCACAGUCCAGCUGAGAAAGCUGAGCCACGGGAGCUGGCUGAAUAUCAUUCAACAGAGACUCUGUGUCUGAGCAGAUCCAAGCUGAACCACUUCCCAAGCAGUAUUUUGAAAAACAGAGCGCUACGGUAUCUCAGUCUUGAAGGCAACCAGAUAUCCAGUAUCCCAGACUCGAUGUUCGUGAGCUUGCCCUACCUGCUGUGGCUGGACCUCAGGAAAAACCAAUUAGUGUCACUUCCUGCUGAAAUUGGCUCACACAGGUAUUUGAAAACACUGCUGCUAGAAGGGAAUCCCAUCUCAGAACUUCCACCAGAACUGGGAUAUGUGAUUACCCUUAAAGGCCUGAACCUGAGGGACUGCCCCAUCACUUUUCCUCCACAAGACAUUGUGCAUCAAGGCCUCCAGUCCAUCCUCCAGUACCUGAGGAGUGUUAUGACAAAGCGAUCGGUGAGCGCAAGGAGCACCCCUCCAGAGCUGCCAGUGGUGGAGAAGCUCCAGCUGUCAGAGCUGAUGGAGUCCAGCGUGGAGGAGCAGGAUGAGUCCGUGGACGAGCUGCAGAGGUUCAGGGAACUCAAAAAUAGGCUGAUGCUGCUGGACAAAGCUGAGAUGGGCACGGUAGCACUUUGUGAUGUAAACACAAAGCCGCAAAUUCUUCCAGUCACCAAGAGAAAAAAGAAAACCACCAAGACCGGGCCCAUCCCUGAGCUCCCCCUGUUUGACUCUCAGCAGUGGAAGAGGCCAGAGGAGAGGAAACAGGCUGCCAUGAAAGAGCUGAAAGAGAAACAGGUCAUUUUUGAGCAGAGAAGAAAAAGCCAAGAGGCUCUUCGGAAGUGGCGCACACAAACCAAAGUCACACAGGAGAAGAAAAUGCCUGAGCACAAUCAGAAGAGGCAUGAAAGGCAAAGAAGGAAAGAGGAGGAAGCAGAUUCAAACCCUAGUUUGGAGGAAAGCGAUGAUACUCACGGGCAGAUAUUUGACAUAUCCACCAGCCAGUGUGAAGAGGACAGGUCCUCCAGAUCGGCCCGGGUGCUGCAGCGGCAGAUUCGCGCCCGCGCUGAGAAGAUACAGGAGAGGCACAGGAAUCCCAGGGGCUCGACGACGGAGCAGAUGGCAGCGGCAGAGCGGGACGUGGAAGAGAUGAGGAAGUUACAGGCGCGGCUCCUGGAGAGGAAGAGAAAUCGGGGAAGAGAUAUGGAGAAUUCUUUCACUAUCUACACUGGAGACACCUGGCCGAGUUUCAUCAACAAGUGACAGGGGAUGGGUUGAAUUCAUAUUCUGAAAAGAAGCGAAUCCUGAAAUUCUCGUGUAUGAAAAUAAGAUCUCAGAUCUUUUAACGUGUAAAGUGUUUACUUGGUUCUUCCUUUCUUUCUUCAAGAUGUCCUUUCCAUUACACCAACCAGAUGCCUUUGACGUUUAAAUAAAUAAACACUUCAGAUUUACCAAAUAAA